CUGACACAAAUAAUAUUGUUUUUGUUGCACAGUUUUAUUGGCCGCGAUAUCUCGACUUUAAUCUAUAACGUUCAACCCACAGCUGCUGCCGCGGUCGGCCCAGCCGGUGUAAAAAGACUCCCUCAAUGUACAACGACAUCUCAGUCAAAAUGGGAAUGCUACUUGCGUGUGUGGGCUCUGCCUUUUUCCCGAUAGUUUACUUCAGUUUCCGGCAACUUUUGCAGAAACCGACUGCUAACUUCACGGACUCGAAGGCAGUUGUGUCUGUCGUUGCAAUGAGACUGACGUCAAUCCUGCAAGCAUUGAUGUCCUCGUGUGCAGGUUUUAUUGCUAUUUACUACUGCCGGAAGGAUCUGGUGAAUGACAGACAUUGGAUAAUCGAUGCUUACACCCAUUUUGGUCUGCCAUACAUGCUGUACGACAUCAUUGCGAUGUGUGAAGCAUUCAGACAAGAGGAUCAGAAGCUAUUAACGUCUCCUUACAGUAAAGUCGCUCUGGAGUUUCUCAAGGCGAACUGGCUCAUGGUUCUCCAUCAUCUAGGGCUGGCUUUUAUAUGCUUGCCCAUUCUGCUGUUUUUCCGUAAUGAUAAAGGCGCCUUCUUCAUUGGUUGUAUGUUUGCAACUGAACUCAGCACUCCUUUUGUUAGCUUCCGGGCAGUGAUGAGAAAGAUCAAGUGGGACAAGAAGCACCCAAGUCUAUACCUCUUUGUCAGCUUCAUGCUCUUAUUCACUUUCUUUGUGUUCCGCAUCCUGAAUUUCCCCUUUAUGUAUUGGAUCUACGGCCGAAGCGUGGGCCUCUCUGUGUGGCAGGUUCCCCCGACCUUAGCGCCAAAAUGUAACAUCAUAUCGGGACUCAUAUUCCUCUUCCAGUGUUGGUGGUUUUAUUUGAUUCUUCAGGCUGGAAGCAGAAUGCUCACAAAGAGGGCCGCCGGUAAAUCGCCGUCAGUCGACUCGAUGAACAAUGGAAGCAGCCAUAAAUCGAAUUGAUAGUUGAAGCGGUUGUGUCUCUGAUGAAGAGACUUUGGAGUGGGAAGAUGUUGAAAUAUUCAAGUAACGCAAAGAACGCCUGCAGAACACUUUUUUUGGUUGUUGCAGAGGACUGCUUUAAGAAUAAUUGUAACUGUGUUUUUGUGUGUUGAGCGUGUCUGCUUGUUAACACUGUCAUGAAAAUACGUUUUACAUGCUAAAAUAACUUUCAUGACUUGUUUUACUAAUUUCUCAAAAACUACAGCA